GGUGCAAAGUCCGGCCCCGCUGCAUUUACUGCGCCUGAACUUCCUCAUACUCGGUCAGUUGCAGCCGCCGUCUCAGUGAAACAGGGAAGGAGAGAGAGAAAGAGAAAGAGAGAGAAAGAUUUGCAGACAUCCGAACGGCAGUCUCCACGUGCUGGGUCCCCGGUGCCCGGCCAUUGAUCGGUGGAGUGGGUACAGAGAUCAGAGGGCAGAGGGCAGAGGGCAGCUGAGGGCUGAAGAUGGAGAAGGAGAAGCAGCCGAGUGCACCACGGAGACGGGGGUGGAGCUUCCAUUCUCUCCGCAUCAAGGGCAGACCAUUGGCAGAGGAGGAUGAGGGGUUUAGACUAGGCAGGAGGGGGGCAAAGAGUUUUUCAGUCCGGUCAGAUCCCCGCAAAUCGGACCUGGAGAAACCAGAGCAGGAGGGGGCUGGAGCAGCCGGCAACGCGGGCAGAGUCACGCGUCUGCAGCCGUUCCCUCUGAGGUCCGCGGGGAAGGAGAGAGGUGACGCCCCUGCAGAGGUAAAUGGGAAGGGGAGCCCCAUAGGCCUGGACCAGGGUGCCGUCAUGUCCAGCGAAGAGGAGGAGGGCAACGAAGGCGCCUUCAAGAGGUUGAGCAACCUGUGGUCCUCUUUUCACCUCUUCAAGUCUUCCCGAGACCAGGGAGCUAAGGAGCAGGCUCUGCCCCCGCUGACAGACUCCGCCCCCCUGAAGACCCCGGCUAGGGAGCAGCGCUAUGCUAGCGGACAGUUCUUCUUCGAGUACCUGGUGGUGGUCAGCCUCAAGAAGAAGAAGGACGGAGGCUACGAGCCCCAGAUCACCUACCAGUUCCCAAAGAGGGAUGGAAUGGUGAAGUUCCAAAGGGAGGAGGAGGAGAAGACACUGAAAGCCAUCACUCUCUUCUGCUUUCCUGAGGGAAUCAACUGGGCCCCCCUGACAGAGUACCGCAGCGAGACCUUCUCUUUCGUCCUCACAGAGGUUGAUGCCAGCAGGAGGAACGGGUACUGCAGGAGGCUCCUGCCCCAUGGUAAUGGCGCCCGACCUCCGGAGGCCUACUGCAUCAUCAGCAAACUCGCCUGCUUUGGACUCUUCUCCAAGAUCUUUGACGAGGUGGAGAAGAGGCGGCAGAUCUCCAUGGCGAUGAUCUACCCCUUCAUGCAGAGCUUGCGGGAGGCGCCGUUCCCCGCCCCGGGACACACCGUCAAAAUCAAGAGCUUCAUCCCGGAGUCUGGCACCGAGAUUAUCAGUCUGACGCGGCCGCUGGACUCCUGGUUGGAACACGUGGAUUUCAGAACGCUGUUCCGCUGCCUGAGCCAUGAGGAGGUGCUGCAGGUGUUCGCCGCCACCGUGCUGGAGCGCCGCAUCGUCUUCAUCGCCGAGGAGCUUGGCACUCUGUCUGAGGUGAUCAACGCUGUGGUUGCGCUGCUGUACCCCUUCAUCUGGCAGCACACCUUCAUUUCCAUCGUACCUGAGAUCCUCAUCGACGUUGUCAUGGCGCCCACACCAUACCUGCUCGGGGUGCAGAAGCGUCUGCAGGAGCACGUUACUGACCAACCUGACACCAGCGAUAUGUUGGUGGUGGAUUUGUCUGAAGGAGUGAAGAACACGUUCAUAAUUAGUAUUGGAGAUGAGAAGAAUAUUAUCCCUCCAAAGUUCCGGGAUGAAAUCCUGCAGGCAUUAAGUGCCAGAAAAGACAACUCAACGCUGGAGGAGCUGAACAGGGUGGUGUCGGAGGCCUUCCUGCCCUUCUUCGUGAAGACGGUGGGCCACUUCGGCCCGUACGUCAAGCGCACCUCCAGCGCCCAGCCGGGGGUCUUCCAGGCCAGGAGCUUCUACAAGGCCAUCCAGUCCAAGACCACGCGCCACUUUGUCAAGAAGUUCAUCCGUACUCAGAUGUUUGACCUCUUCAUCCAGGACGUGGAGCAGCAGCCCGCCACUCAGGAAGGUUAUUUCCACAGAAAGAUAGCGGAAUACGAGGAAAAGAAGAAGAGAGAGAAAUCGAAGAAACAGUAGAGCAGACAAUGGGCCUCAUGACCUUCAGACUGUGGGGGGGGGGGGGGGGCUAGAGUUUAUUUAAAACGUAGAUAGGAAUGUUCUGUAAAUAUGGAGAGAGUAAAUAAUUUUUUCUAUUCUCUAUUUUGUUUUUGACUAGAAUUUCCUUGUGCUGUUUGUAAAUUCACUGUUGGGCUCGAUGACGCAAGUCUUCUGUGCUGCUAUCGAUGGUGGUUUGUAAGUGCCGGUUGGAGAUGUCUGUUAUUGAGGAUGUGAUCUGAGUUGGGCUGUCCCUGACUUUCCAUGGGAAUAUACAGGAAUUAACAGGACUAUUUUGGAAUAAAUGUGAAUUUGUGGGGAAAAGGGAAUAUGUGGGGGUUAUGUGCACAGGCUGCAUUUACCGUGCCAUGUGCACAUAGAAACGUAGACCUUAUCAUAAACAGACAUAAGUGCGAAACCUACUGAGAGAAAUAAAUAAUGUACUAUUUAGUUUUGAGUUGAAUUUUAAUUAAAUGAGUUUUAAUUUUUUUAGUUUUAGUUUUUACAUGUGAUUCUUUCACUGAACAACAAGAAAACAGGAAUGUUUAAUAAUGCAUUCCCUCUGAUGGGGGAACUCUGUGUAUGCAGACAUUUGUGUUUCUACUGAAUUUCCAUUAAAUAAAAUGCUGAGAGUUUUGUGUGCAUGAGAUGCAAAUGUGCCCUGGACAUUAGAUGGAAGAAUGUGAAACAUAUCUAGAAAAAUAUCUAGAAUUACGUGUAUUUUUACGUGUAUUUCCCCCAAAAAAUUAUUCAGUAGUAUAAGCUGACAUUUUACAGUGAAAUUUUAUAUGCGUUUUAUAAGCUUAACUUCCCAUGGAAAGUUUCCGGAAAGUUUCAGGGAAUUUAGCGGACGUUUUCCGACCUGUUGCGACCCUACUCUCCAGCUCCAAAGUCUGACCCGUAUCUCUCUCAACUGGAUGGAGCACGGGCAAGUGAAAUAAAGUGUUUUUGAACAA